ACCAGGCUCACCUCGUUCAUCUCUGAGGAGUGAUUUCUGUCUCACAUAGCAACGUCCACCGUUAAUUUACUAACUUCUACCUCACUUCUGCAUGCUAUUUCAGGGUCAAGAUUUCUUCAGAUGUUUCACAUCGCAUUCAGCUCAGGAUGCAAACCAGCUGCAGACUUCAUGAAGCCUGUCGGAGUUACACUGCCCCCAAAUCUCUCAAGUCCAUCAAAGUAGUAGCCUACUCUUCCAAAAAGAGCGAGUGAUGCACGCUGCAAACGGUGUGUGCGUGUAGUGUGAGCGAGAGCCCAUCGGUGUGCGUGUGUGUGUGUGUGUGCGCUUGUGUGUGUGUCUGGAGAGAGAGAGAGAGACAUAGACCGAGCCCCUAACACGGAGCAUGCCUCUGCGUCCGGCAGCCGGCAAACAUGAGCCACCCAGCCCUCCACGGCAGGACCAGCAGCAGCAGCAGCACACACACACACACUCACACACACUCACACACCCUUACACACACACAGCGAACGGCAGCCAGGGGGCCAGCACUGACAGCGGCAGCUCCCGGGAAGAGGACAGCGGCGUUCCCAUUCCUGUCGGCGUUCCGGCUUUCCGUCCCGGUGCAGAGCGGAGCCACAGUGCAAGAGGACCCAUGGAGGAGCCGACAGGCAACACCGUGGUCAUCCGCAUUGGAAUCCCAGACCUACAACAGACGAAAUGUAUGAAAUUCAAUGUGGAUGCUCCUAUCUGGCGGUCCAAGCAGCGGAUCCUGUGUACACUCAACCAGAGCCUGAAGGAUGUACUCAACUAUGGCCUAUUCCAGCCGGCCUACAACGGCAAGGCUGGCAAGUUUCUGGAUGAGGAGAGACAGCUAAGGGAAUACCCCUUCCCAUCCAUCGCUCCCGUACCUUACCUGGAGUUCCGCUAUAAAAGACGUGUCUACACCCAGACUUACCUGGAUGAAAAGCAGCUGUCUAAACUCCACACCAAGGCAAACCUGAAGAAGUUUAUGGAAUAUGUGCAGCAGAGGAACAUUGAAAAGGUCUCAAGGUUCCUGGAAAAAGGCCUGGACCCCAACUUCCAUGAUCCAGACACAGGAGAAUGUCCUCUAACGCUGGCGGCACAGCUGGAAGGAUGUGCAGACCUCAUCAAGGUGCUGAAGAGUGGAGGGGCGCAUCUGGACUUCAGAACAAAAGAUGGCAUUACUGCCCUACACAAGGCCGUGCGCAGCAAGAACCAUACAGCGCUCAUAACGCUGAUGGACUUGGGUGCAUCACCUGACUAUAAAGACAGUAGGGGGCUGACUCCUCUCUACCACAGCUCGAUGGUAGGAGGAGACCCCUACUGCUGUGAGCUGCUGCUGCAUGAUCACGCCCAGGUCGGCUGUGUGGAUGAGAAUGGCUGGCAGGAGAUACACCAGGCUUGCCGCUAUGGCCAUGUGCAGCACCUGGAACACCUGCUGUUCUACGGAGCUGACAUGAGCGCCCAGAAUGCAUCUGGAAACACCGCCCUGCACGUGUGUGCUCUCUACAACCAGGAUAGCUGUGCACGAGUCAUCCUGUUCCGAGGGGCCAAUAAGGAGAUAAAGAACUACAACAGCCAGACCGCCUUUCAGGUGGCCAUUAUAGCAGGAAACUUUGAUCUGGCUGAAAUCAUAAAGGUCCACAAAGUAUCGGAUGUUGUGCCUUUCAGGGAGACCCCCUCCUACACCAACCGUCGACGUGUGACGCCUGGCACCCUGCCCUCGCCACGAUCCCUGCUCCGCUCUGCGAGUGACAACAACCUGAACGGGGACCACGAUCACAUCCACGGUCAGGCCCCCAGAGAAAUUCGCGGGCGUCAGGGUCACUCCCCUGUCCCCUCACUGCGAAGUCUGCCAGCUCUCGGGCAGCAUCAGCAGCACAGCAGCCUCGGAGAGAGCCGUCAUGGAGAGAUCCCCGACAGCAGUCUCCAGAGUACGGGCAGCUCCAGGUCCUCCCACUCCCGCUCGCCUUCGCUACAUCACACGCAUGAAGAGGACAGGCCGGUUCCCAGAAGGUCCCACAGCCAUGGCUACCCUCAUGGAUACGGCCAUCGUGGAAGACUCAGCCCUGGCUCAGUGCAGCGAGACCCAAGCCCCCCUCAUCACACGCCUCCAGCGCUGACGGGCCCCCGCGGGCCCAAACGGAAACUCUACAGUGCUGUCCCGGGACGUACCUUCAUCGUGGUCAAGCCCUACACGCCACAAGGGGAGGGGGAGAUCCAACUCAACCGAGGAGAGAGAGUCAAAGUGCUGAGUAUAGGGGAAGGAGGUUUCUGGGAAGGCACGGUCAAAGGGAGGACAGGCUGGUUCCCGGCAGACUAUGUGGAAGAAGUUCAGAUGAGGCAGUAUGACCCACGGCUAGAGACCCGGGAGGACCGCACUAAGAGACUGUUCAGACACUACACUGUGGGAUCCUACGACAACUUCACCUCAUACAGUGACUAUAUCAUAGAGGAGAAGAAUGCUGUUUUACAGAAGAAAGAAAAUGAGGGGUUUGGCUUUGUCCUGCGGGGAGCCAAAGCCGAGACGCCCAUUGAAGAGUUCACCCCCACCCCAGCGUUCCCUGCCCUUCAGUACCUGGAGUCUGUGGACGUGGAGGGAGUGGCCUGGAGGGCUACUCUGAGGACAGGAGACUUCCUCAUUGAGGUAAACGGGGUGAAUGUAGUGAAGGUGGGCCAUAAGCAGGUGGUGUCCUUGAUCCGGCAAGGGGGCAACAGGCUGCUGAUGAAGGUGGUGUCUGUCACACGCAAACCUGAGUCUGAGGAAGUCGUUCGCAAGAAAGCUCCCCCGCCGCCCAAGAGAGCUCCCAGCACCACCCUGACACUGCGCUCUAAGUCCAUGACUGCUGAGCUGGAAGAACUGGCUUCUGCUCGGAGGAGAAGAGGAGAUAGGCUAGAUGAGAUGUUGGCGUCCCAGGAGUCUAUCUUGCGUUCUCAGCCCUCGGAGGCAGAUUACAGAGCAGCUACUGUCAAACAAAGGCCUACCAGCAGGAGAAUAACACCAGCAGAGAUCAGUUCACUGUUUGAGAGACAAGGGAUGACUCUACAUGGAGGUCUUCACCCGGGCAUUGAAAGAGGUCACAUACCACUACCAAAGGGGAUGUCCAGGACCAAGUCUUUUGGUGCCACUGAGGAGGAUCGGCUGUCUGCCCUUGCAGGCGAGCACAGAUUUCCCCGCAGCUCCUCUAUGACAGACUCCCUCCGAGACCACUCACAGCCCCAUCCCAUCCCUCCACCUCCACAAACAGCACCUCCUCCUCCUCCCUACUACCUAGACACUGGUCCUCCCCCAGCCUUCUGUCCCCCUCCUCCCCCAUCUAGGACCCAGAGUCAGGGCCAUGAGCCUGGGGGACGCUCCAGCUUCAAGCCCUCCUCCUUGGACCUGCCUUACGAGGCCGCUCAGCGGCAGGCCACACACCUAGAGAGACAGAAGAAAGCUCGCUCCAUGAUCAUCCUCCAGGACUCUUCCCAUCUACCUGUAGAACCUACAGAUAUCCCCCGUCCUUCUGCUGCUACUCCACCUGAGCGAAUCAAAAGGAAGGGUCGGGUUAUUGACAACCCGUAUGCUAAUGUGGGUCAAUUUAGCAUCGGACUGUACACACCCACCAAGCCCCAGAGGAAGAAAAGUCCGCUGGUGAAACAACUACAGGUGGAAGAUGCACAAGAAAAAGCUGCAUUAGCUGCUGCCCACUCCCGAGAUAGCUCACCCUCAGGACGACACCCAUAUGCCCAUGGACACUCACACACCAGCCGUGCAGACUACUACCAGCAGCAGCUGAUGGCUGAGCGAGAGCGUAUACGUGCCCAGGGAGAGAUGAUGUUUCAGGGUAAGGGCCCCUUCGCCGCUGCAAUAGCUGGAGCAGUGAAAGAUCGCGAGCGUCGCCUUGAAGAACGGAGGAAAUCCACUGUCUUCCUUUCUGUUGGGACCAUGGAGGGGGCGUCUACCACCAGCUCUGACUCCCCCUCUCUGACUCAGUCUCACUCCAUCGAUGAACGGAUGCUAACCCGAGAGCUGGGACAGCUGCCUCCUCCUGCCUUGGCCCUGAGCCCCUCACCUAGUGGGACCACCUUUAUCCACCCGCUCACAGGGAAGCCCCUGGACCCCAACUCUCCACUGGCUCUUGCGCUGGCCGCAAGGGAGAGAGCACUGACCUCCCAGAGCCAGUCCCCAACUGGCAGCCCAGAGCCUAGGACUAAACAGGAGCGGGUAGGCCAGAGCGUAAUGUUCAUUGACCCUCAGACCAAAGAGUCUCCACAUGGGGAAGGGGCACCUUCAACUCCUCCUUUUUCACCUAAAAGCGCCAAGGCAGCGGGGUAUGGAGCCCCCCCGGCAUCUAUUUUAGUUCCCCAGCCCACCAAACCACAGUGGGCCUCAUCACCAUCACCUGUAUCAUUCCGGCAGGAGAUGGAAGCCAGAGUAGAGGAGCGGAAGGAGGAGAAGAGACUAGAGGAUAAAAAAACUAUGUUGAUCAGUAUUAUGGAUACAUCGCAGCAGAAGACAGCAGGGCUCAUCAUGGUCCAUGCUACCAGUAACGGCCAGGCCGUCGGGGUGGGUUCAGAACUAGAGCAGACGCCUGCCCCAACGUCCACGGAGCCCAGCAAAUCUCCAGUUCCACGGGCUAAAUCUCCCAGUCCUACGGUCUCCCAGCCCCAGGCCCAGCUACAGCUCCAGGCCCAACCUCAAACUCAGCGUCCUGCCAGUCCAGCCCAAGAGAAGAGUCUGGCUCAGGGAAGCUCCGAGGAGGACGUGGAUCCGUACACAGUGACGCUGCCUCCUGCAAUGUUGUCCUCCAGUGACGAGGAAACUAGAGAGGAUCUACGUAAGAUUGGAGUUGUUCCACCACCAGAUGAGUUUGCUAAUGGGCUGCUGGCGCAGGCACAGGGGACACCAGUGUCCCCGACUAAACCUGCCUCUUCUCCAACCACCUCUACAACACCAACACUCCAAACUCCCUCAACCCCAACAACCCCAACAGUGACCCCUAGCCAGCCUCAGCCUCCCCAGCCGGCACCUCCACCCAGUGCAGCAGUUGUCUCAGGGAAGCCCUCUGACCCUCUGGAGCCCCCGCCGGUGGGCGAGUCAGGCUCUGCGGCUGACUCAGGCGUGGAGGAGGCUGACACACGCAGCUCCAGCGACAGAGAGCGAGACCACCAUCUCGAGACCACCAGCACCGUCUCCACGGUUUCCAGCAUGUCCACAUUGUCCUCAGAAAGCGGCGAGCCUGCCGACACACACACCACGCACACCUCCUAUGCCGACGGGCAGACUUUUGUGCUCGACAAGCCGCCAGUGCCUCCUAAGCCCCGACUCAAGUCCCAGAUAGGAGGCAGUAAAGGCCCCGUCACCUUCAGGGACCCUCUGCUGAAGCAGAGCUCCGACAGCGAGCUGCUAUCACAACAACAGGCUGCUGCCCUGGCUGCUGCUGCAGCUGGAGGAGGCGGGCUGCCCUCAGGUGGUUCAGCCUCAGUGACUGGACUAGGCCCCACCAAGCCGCGCUACCUCUUCCAGCGGAGGUCCAAGCUGUGGGGGGACCCAGUGGAGCCUCGGGGGCCAGGGGUGGGGCUAGGUAUCGGGAGUUUGGGCAAUCUUGGUGGGCUGGGACUGGGGCUGGGUAUAGACGAGGGAGCAAAACCAUCCGUUAUGGGGGAGCUCAGUUCACGACUACAGCAGCUAAAUAAAGACACUAGGUCACUGGGAGAGGAACCAAUGGGAGCAUCACUUGACCCGGGGAGGAAGUCACCUGUGGCAGGUGCCAGACUUUUCAGCAGCCUAGGCGAGCUCCACACCAUUUCUCAGAGAAGUUAUGGCACCACAUUCACCAUCCGCCCCGGCAGCCGUUACCCCGUCACCCGACGCACCCAAAGCCCAGGUUCACCUGAUCGGGACCCUCUCGGACGAUUCUCAGGCUUCGGCCUACCGACCUCUCCGACUACACCACCACAAACCAUCCUCAAAUCCUCCAGCCUCAGCCUACCCCAGGAGCCUAAAGAGGUCCGCUUUGUAAUGAGGAGCUCCAGCGCCCGGUCCCGCUCUCGCUCCCCGUCCCCAUCACCUUCCCACUCCCCCGGGCUGGGGUCGCCACUUUUAGCCCUGCGGCCCUUCCACCAGAAACCCCUCCACCUCUGGAAUAAGUACGACGUCGGAGACUGGCUGGAGAGCAUCAAUCUGGGGGAGCACAGAGCGGGGUUUCAGCAACACGAGAUCGAAGGCUCUCACCUCCCGGCUCUAACUAAGGAGGACUUUGCGGAGCUGGGAGUGACGCGAGUCGGACACCGCAUGAACAUCGAACGAGCACUGAAAAUGCUGCUAGAGAGCUGACCCCUGCCCUGAGACACAGCAACAGACGGAGAAGGAAGACGAAGGCAGAACGGGCAAAGUUGAUGGAAGAGAAAAAGAUAGAGGCCGCUCCUCUUUUACUCCGGCUGCUUUCAUGUUCCGCAUCACAAAUGUUUACCUGUGUACCUUUACGUUCCCGUUCUGCAUUAACACCCCGCACCUGGCACUGCACUGAAGAGGAGGAGUCAACACAUUCUACUCGGCCCUUAGCGUCUGCCCACCUCCUUGCCUGCAGCCAAUUAGAUCAGACCUCAACAUGGGCUCUGGUCGUUCUUUGCCGAGGAGAAUCGCAUGAGCUCCAAUUAAAACUUUUGAUUUGUGAAAGCUUCAGUUGUAACACCCACACUUUCUCUCUCUCUCUCACUGUUCCCUCCUCUCCUCUCUACCUCUAUCCCUCCAUCUAUUAGGCCUCUGAAAAGCCUUUUGCAGUUUGAGUAAAGGAGGACGAGGAAGAAUAUUUCGUUCCAAACAGAAAGCUCAGUUGCCUUUCAAAAUAUUUAUACAGAGAUCAACAAUGAUGAACACAGGACUAUGGAUAGUGCUGACACCGCUCGGAAAAGUCGUGUCUUCUCUAUACCUGCUGUUGUUUUUAAACCUAAGACUUUCGAGCCCAGAGGUGGAGCUCCACCAAGUAAACCACGGGAGAAAACCUCUCCGCCUUGGUACCCAGACUGUGCUAUCUAUUAUAUUUGGAGAAUGUUUAACCAACACUCGUGGCUUUUUUCAUAAUCAAUUUUUUGGUUUUCCAAAGGGAAUAUUAUAUAUAGGUAUUAUAUAAUAUAAUAUAUGUAUCUAAAUAUAGCUUUCAGAAGAAAAGACAAUGUUGCAAAGAGGAAAUGUAAUAAAUUAAUCUGCGCCUGUUUUUGGUUUUUAGUAUAGAAGGCAGAGAGAAAAUCUUUAUUCCACCAAUAGUUUACUCAUUUCUACCAAUUAUAUACAUAUAUAUAUAUAUAUAAAUAUAUAUUUGAAAUUUUAAAAAAAGUAUAUAGAUAUAGAUAUGGAAAUGAAAAAGUUUUUGUCAUAGGUAUACAACUUUCCUUAUGGUCACCCUUUCUUGAACCGUAGCAUGACAAGUUGCAUCAUGUCUUGGACAGAGAGUUUGAUGUUUGUUUUUAUUUUCUUACGGUCUUCCUUCAUACUAAAGGGCAUCCCGUAAUGUGAGGCUGAGACCCCAGCUGACACCCAUCCCUACUGCUACAGCUACAGAUCUCACUGGCGUGGUUCAUCCUCAACAACACACAGUAAGGACCACGCACUGAGACGGCUAAUUGGUAAAAGGGGCUCUUCAUCUUUUGCCUUUUUAUCACUCAGGGAUGGAAGUUUGGGGCACUAGCAUGCGGAGAGGUUGUUGUUUUAUUACUAUCCAUUUCAAUUCUCUUACCUGUGAGGACAAUUUAACACCACCACAGUCUGAAAAAUGUUAGACGGCUAGUAAAAAUUUCCAUCCCUGUGACCCCCUGAUGACGCUUCUCAAGACACUGGGAUGUUUCUCGUCAACAGUAGAGAAAGAAAUGAUCACGGAGGAUGGCAGUAAUCUCUUUCAGAUUUCAUUAAUCGUAAGUGUGUGAACCUGGCCAAAUUAAGCUUAAACUGUUUUCCUUAAAAACCUACUUUUACCUGGAGUAUAACCAACAACAACUUGUCACACACGGGCUUAAAAAGAGCUAGACAUAAAGUCUGUGCCCUUCUGAAAUGCCACUGUAGGAGCUGUGUCUGUAGUUUAUCAGGCUGUGGGGAUGGGAACGCCUCUGUGAGGUCUUAAAGAAUAUUCAGUAUUUUACAACCUGGUAGUGUCUUGCAACAUCGCUGCUUCCCUCUAUCUCUACGACUUACUUUAGUGAGUAAAAUAUUAUCAUAAACGGUGGCAGCUGGAAAAAUAAGACCCAGGUUGUAAAAACAAAACAAAAAAAAAACUGAAUUUUCUUUUAACAAUACAAAAUCUGCAAUUGUACUCAUGAGUAGCUUCUGCUGGCAGUGAGAAACAGUGAGUUUUAUUCAACAACAAAAAGCAUUUUAUCCACAGCUUUUCUCUAACAGACGGCCAGGUAAUCUCUAUUACCGCUAAAAAAAACCUCCGUACAUCAGCAGCAUCCAGUCAGUACGCCAAGGCAGCUCCACUUGGCGAGAAGUCGUGUGCAUCUUUUCUGUCUUUUCUUUUAAUGCUAGCAGUUUGUAAAAAAAAAAACGGGUGGUGAAUCUAACGUCGUAUCUGGGUUGUAGGAAUAGCACUCACUGCCUCACUGUGACCUCACUGAUUAUUUUACUUCUGACUCCAGUGUUACAGUACGUCCUCAGACUCAUUUUGGACUUCUUGUGUUUAUUGUUCUUUUUCUAUUCUUUUUUUUUUUUCUUUCUUUCUUUCUGUGUUGAUUUGUUACCCUCGGACACUGUGGGUAGAUUUUGUAGCGUGUGGAACAUGAUACUUAAAUCUUUCACUCAUUUGAAUUUUAGAGUGACAGAAGAAGAAAAAAAAGACAGAAAAAAAUGAAUAUCCUGUCCAUUCUCAACGUACUUACACUUGUAAAAAUGGAACAAAAAUGUUCUUUUUUAAAAAAAAAAAAAAAUCACAAGCAAUGUAUAUAUGAUAGAUUUCAUAUAAAUUUUUGAAAAACAAAAAGUAUAUAGAUCUAUAUAUGAAUGUUUGGCAUAUAUGCAUAGUUAACCACCUGUGGAAAAGGUGAGCAGAUUUUAUUCUUUCUAUGAACUCUUGAACUUUUGAACUCUGAACUAUGAACUAGGGGAGGAUUUGCACAAAACAAGGUGACAAGGUGCUAACAUAAAAGCCACCCAUCGUCCAAGCGCAUGCGUGCAUCUGGAUUCCCCGAAUCUCUCUGUGUGGUCGUUCCUCUUCACCAUGUGUGUGUGUGCGACUGUGUGUGUACGACUGUGUGUGUUUGCAGAUGCUUGUUUGUGUCCAUUUCUUGUGUGUAUUUGUUUGAGAGAGAGACGAUGAAGAUGCACGUGACGGUGAAAGAGUGUGUGUGGUUGAUUGUUAGGGUUUACAUCUUUGGAGCUAGUCCACUAAUAGCCUUACUGUAUUACCAUCAGAGAUUCCCGGCAGUGGCUGUGUCACACAAACACACGCACACACACAAUACAUACACACACACACAAACACAAGAUAAAUGCACACACACAUCCAUCUUCUAUAGAUCGAACAUCAUUGUUCUGCAUUCUUGUUUUGUACCGAGUGACGUCUUCACAAAGUGGACUGCUCUGCCCCAAAGGGAGAGACAGACAGACAGACAGAUUACCACAGGGUAUUGAACGAAAACCAUUGUCACAUUUUGAUAUAACUCACCUUGUAACUGUGUAGGUUCAGCUUAUGCAGUGUCACUGUUUUGUAUACGCCCAUAUUACCAGAUGGCAUUCGCGCUCCUUACCCUCCACUCUGUCUGGCAGCACUCCUUUUUCCUUUUUCAGACCUUCAGUUUCUGAGUUUUGGAUAUGCUAUAUGAGGUGAAUCCAGUGAGGAACAAACAACACAAAGGAAAAAUGUGCCAAAAAAUAACUUAACUUUUAACUGUAUAUUAUGUCUUUGCUUUAGGACUAUCUUAGUUACAGCAUUCUUGAGCUGUUAGACUCAAUAAUAUGGUGCCAUCUCCUGGAAAUCUUGAGAACUACAGACAUUUGUUAGAUCCUUCUGUGUUUCCUACAGGUGGAAAUACAGUCACUGUUAUUAUUUUGUAAAGAAGCAGGCUAUUGUUUAUAUUAAUAUACAUACAUAUAUAUAAUAGCCUGUGUAUAUCUACCUGUGAGCUUUGCAUUAACAUUUCUAUUUAAAUUUUGAGACAAAGUAUCACAAUUGCUUGAUUUUACUGUGAUGAAGGUUAUUAUCCAGCUUGGCUUACUGUUCCCAUAUAAAUAGAAACACUCGAGAGGUGAACGUGUACAGUCUGGACUCACACAGGCUGGCCUGGUUAGAAGAAUUAAUGAAUAACUUGGUCAGAUGGUUGUGCAAGUUUAGCACGAAUACAGAUGCAAAAUACAACGUGUAACGGACUUACACACCAUUAGGUCAAAUAAGUUGAGCGAAGGGUUAUCUUUGUCUUAUUUUCUAAUCAACAAAGCACAAUCUAAAUAGUGUAGGGGGAGCAGUGUAACCUUUUUAAAAACCCACUGGUGUCCGGUCACCCACUGGAACCAGUGAUCUUAUCAUCGAAGGGUUUUUUUUCUUUCAUUGUUGGUUUUCUCCUUGUUUGCACUGUGAAGUUUAGAAUGGUGGAUGUAUCACUGCAACGCCUCAGCCUUGUCUCACACAGGUCAACUUCCCCUUCUCCAGGCAAAUCAACUUUUCUCCCAGCGACUUCUGGACGCAUAUAGCAUUAGAACCCCCCUUCCUCCUACCCUCCAUUUUAAUACAUGAAAGCUCUAGUCGUAAUAAAAGUUAACCAGAAGCUACCUAGUAUUCUUCAUGCAAACAGAGUAAGGGUGAUAGUGAAGGUUGAGGCAAGAUCUGAGAUGUUGCCCAGGAUAUCUCCACCACAGAGAUAUAUGUUUGUUAUAUUAUGUAAUAAAUUUAUAAUUAAAACAUGAACUGCAUCAAA